AUGGCCACAUCAAAUGGCAAAGGUGAAAAACUGACAAAAUUUGAGUCUUCAAGGCUUUUGGAGAAAUAUAAAAAUGAAAGGGAUGAGGCCAUACACAAGGAAAGCGUUCUCAGGGAGAAACUCAGGCAGUAUGAGUCAAGGGUACGUUCAAGUGAAACUCUGAAACAGAAAUUGAAGACCAUGACUGUCAACAACAAGGAGCUGAGGAAACAAGUUAAGAUUCUUCGUACUGAGAUUGGACUUGAGUCAAGUCCUAAGUUUAAUGGAAAGACCACAAAAGACAUAAUCAAUGACUUACAUGAGAAGGAGCGCGAGUGCAAUUCCUUGGUGGAGAAGACUGGUAAACUGAGCGUGACCAUUGAUGAACUGACAUCAGAGCUGGCAAAUACAGUCACCUCGAAAACUCUUUUGGAAGACCAAGUUCAGUCACUGAAGCAAAACCUCAAGGAUAUGACAAGUAAUCAACGUCGUCUGCUGAAGCUAUGGGAAGACAAGAAAAUCCAAAAGGAGCAGCUCACCCUCCCUCCUGUUACCCAGAAACAAUUUGUCCAUAAACAAGUUCAAACUGAGGUGUCCAUCAGUUCAACUCAAAAGCUCCCAGCCAAUGCUUUUGAGAUCAAGCCAUUCUCUGUGGACAAUGACCAAAAGACUGCUUAG